AACAACUCCCCACCUAACUUAUAUGCUUCCCUCCGUCUUCUCGACCCUUUUGAACGAUUCCGCUCUCUUCAACCCUCCGCUCACCAUUCCACAGAAUGGCAGCCCUCAUCGACUACAGCCAGCCGACAUUGUGGGCUGCGGUCGCUUCAAUUGUGUUCAAUCCGACCUUCUGGAACAUCGCAGCUCGCCAAGAAUACCACAAUAAGGCCAUUACGAAGCUCUUCGGCGGAAACUCUCUACAUGGUUGCUACGCCCUGGCUGUUACGAUAUUCUCUCUAGGGAUAAUCCGUGAUCUCAUCUACCACUUCACCCUCCAAGCACAACCAGUCCAUCCCCUCCUCGACAACUCUACCGUAAAAGCCUUCUCAUACGGCCUUUUCCUCUCCGGAAAUGUUCUCGUCCUCUCCUCGAUGUGGGCGCUCGGCGUGACAGGCACAUACCUCGGAGACUACUUUGGCAUUCUCAUGGACGCGCCUGUCACGUCUUUCCCGUUCAACGUUACGGACGCGCCUAUGUAUCAUGGCUCGACGAUGUCGUUCCUUGCGACGGCGUUGUGGGCGGGGAGGCCGGCUGGUGUGGCGCUGACGGGAUUGGUGUGGGCGGCGUAUACAGUUGCGAGGCAGUUUGAGGACCCGUUUACUACGGAGAUCUAUGCCAAGAGGGAGCGCGAGCGAGCUUCGGGGAAAAAGAGCUCGUAGUCGACGUCCUGUGUCUUCGAAAGUGUUCAAGCAAGAGGACUCGAGGGGUUCGGGGUACCAAAACUCGAUGCUCCAGCAUAGGUGCAAACGCACAGAUUCAACAUGAAAGCACGAAGUUACGAAAACUGCAUAGUGGCGUUUUGCGGGUAUUCAACUGCCUCUGCAAUGACUUUGGGAUAUUCAUUGCAACUAAAAGCUGGAG